UAGUAAAAGCCGGUCGCGAUCCCCAUCGUGGAAAUUCGAGUGAAACCUUGCCACGAGCACGAACCAUAUGAAGACUCGGACGAUCCUGUUGCUCUCGGCGGCCUUCUUCUGCGCGGCCCACCAUGCACGCGCGAUACCCUGGAACGAAGUUUCAGGGAGGUUCGACUCGAGCAGCGAGCUCGAAGAAACCGCUGCUGCUCCGACCCUCCGUCGUUCUACACGUUCGAUCACUACCGAUGUGACCAGUCUCGUCGAACAAGUGUUCGGGGAUGCCUUUCAAGUUCCGACGGACAUUAUGCAGAGGAUCGUACGCGUCGUUAGAGCGAUUAUCGACAGGUUGGAGAGGACGUUCGGGACUGGGCUGGAAAUCGCACGAUCUACGAUGGGCAGUUUGGUCUCCGAAGGGGCCAGUCUCGUGAACCCGAGACGUCGACGAGAGACACUGUCGGAAUUGGUACCGGACGUGGUGCAAUAUCCGCUCGAUCUUCUACAGAGGUCGGUGGACACAGCUCGGAAUUUCGCUACCGAUCAAAUAGGAUCGAUAGCGGGUCGAAUGGUGAGCGCUGCGUGGAACAUCGUGACGACGGUCGUGAUUCCCUGGCUACACCGAGCUGCCGAACAACUCGAGAAAUCGAACGACUUGCCGGCCACUUUGCGCACCUUGCUCGGAGAUUUCGACUAUGCGUACACCAUUUUCCAGACGCUCGGCUACAUCGGUCCGAAGGACAGUUGAUGAAAGUCCUCGUCGCACGUAGUAUUAUACAUUCCCACCGAGUUUCCUCCAGUCUGUCUCUCGGACCGGGAGCUUAGUUCUAUCUUCCGAAGCAAAUAAACGUU